AACAAAAGUAGGCAAACAAAAAUACAAUAGAAGCUAGAAGCAAGCAAGUUAUAAUAACCGAAAACCAAAGAAUACCAAACCAAACCCAACACAAUACAAUAUCUUUUCUUUUAAUUUGAUCGAAAAAUCAAAUCCAGAACUCCCAAACAAUCCCUUUCCUUCUCCCCCAAUCUUCAUUUUCUCAUUCAAAGCAAAGCAUCUUUCUCUUCUCUUCUCUUCUCUUAUUUUCUUCCACUGUAUAUAUCACACACACAACACCAUGUUCCUCUUCAAUUCCCUUCCAACACAAACACAAACGUGCUUUUUAUUUCUCUCAUUUAUUAUUAUAAUUUUAAUAAUCGGUUUACAAACAUGUCCAAACAAACCCAAACACAAAACAAAGAACCCGGUUCAGUAGGACCUAAUUCCCAACCCUUGAGUAAUUUCAACUACUCGAACCGGGUUCAAUUAAAGUCACUUUUUCUAGACCGAACCGACGGUUGGGCGGAGCUUAUAGGACAGAGAGUAGUGGUCGGCGGAUGGGUGAAGUCGUCGAAAGAAGUUGAGAAGUCAUCGCCUCCUCCUCCACCGCCGUCAGUGACGACGGAAUAUGAAACGCAGGCGAAAGACGUGUCGUGUGUGGAGAUUCUUCAAUCUCGGAUUCCUUUGAUUCGUAAUAUAAUGGAAGUAUUGGGAGGAAGCAGUUCCGUUUAUCGCAAGAAAUUACGUGACACUCCAAUUGCUAAACAUCUUCCUCCUCCACCUCCCAAAUCUUCCACCGUUUAUCUGCUUCUCACCGACGGUUCCUGCGUUGCCACGCUUCAGGUUGUGGUUGAUUCCUCAGUAGCUACACCUAGCUGUCUUUUGCCAACCGGAACUUGUAUAUUAGUGGAAGGUCGUCUAGAACGACCAUCAACAGAAGGGAAGCAUGUUAUUCAGUUACAGGCUGAAAAAGUUCUUCACAUUGGAACAGUAGACAUUGCCAAGUAUCCAUUAUCAAAGAAACGAGUUCCACUGGAUAUGUUAAGAGAUUACUCGCAUUUUCGACCUCGAACAACUACGGUGGCAACUGUCAUGCGAGUUCGCAGUGCUCUAUCUUUUGCAACCCACUCAUUUUUCAAGGAUCAUGCAUUUUUUGAUGUGCAAGUGCCAACAAUAACGACCACAGACUGCGAAGGAUUUAGCAACAUGUUCCAGGUUACUACUACCCUGAAUCAGAAAGCAGACAAGGAGAGGCUGAGUACCAUUUAUGAGACUGAUGGUGUUAGACUCGAAAUUGUGAAGGAAGCUGCCGUAGAGAAAAGCAAACUGGUUGAAACUUUAAAAAGAAGCGAAAGCAAUAGGGAAGCGCUGGCUGCAGCAAUUCAUGAUCUGCAGAAAACUAAUGAACUGGCAUCGCAAUUGGAAGUAAGAGAAAAGAAAAAAUUAGGAACUGCAUUGAUUAAGGAUGACAAAGGAGACUCUUCCAAAGAUUUUUUCUCUUCCAAAACUUAUUUGACUGUCUCUGGUCGCUUACAUCUUGAGAGUUAUGCAUCUGCUCUUGGAAAUGUGUACUCGUUUGGACCUAGAUUUCAAGCAGAUAAAACAGACUCUGCUAAACAAGCUGCAGAAAUGUGGAUGGUUGAGGUUGAAAUGGCUUUUGCUGAAUUAAUGGAUUCCAUGAACUGUGCUAAUGACUUGUUCAAGUACCUCUGUAAGUGGGUUUUGGAAAAUUGCUCUGAAGAUAUGAAGUUUGUUGGAAAAAGAAUUGACAACACUUGCAUCGAUCGUCUUCGGCAGAUUAUAUCAGUUUCCCCUGAAAUAAUUUCCUAUAACGAAGCUUUAGAUGUUCUCAGAAAGGCUGAAGAUAAGAAAUCUGAAACAAAAUUUGGAUCGAACGUUAGACUCACUUCAGAUCACCUAAGCUAUCUAGCUGAUGCCAUCUACAGGAAGCCAGUUAUCAUACACAGUUAUCCACAAGACGCCAAGCCAUUCUACGUUCGCGUUAAUGAUGAUAAAACUGUAGCUGCAUUUGAUCUUGUUGUCCCAAAGGUGGGAACAAUAAUUUCUGGUGGCCAAAAUGAGGAGCGUCUUACAGUGAUAAGCUCAAGGGUUUCUAUGUUGAAUUUGCCACGAGAGAAGUAUGAAUGGUACUUGGAUCUUCGUCGAAAUGGAACGGUCAAGCACUCGGGGUUCACUCUAAGGUUUGACCUUAUGGUCCUUUUUAUAACCGGCCUUAGCAAUGUUAGGGAUGUGAUCCCUUUUCCAAGAAGCUAUGACAAGGCCAACAACUAAUUACAUUUUGGUUAAGAUUCGAGUUGUGCAUUCAAACUUCAAAUCGUAAUGGCAGCAGGAAAACAAGGCACUAAUUCUGUAUCAUUGUGUAACAUAACCAUAUUAAUUGAUUACAUGCCUAUAAAAAAAUUGAUUGCACGUAUGCCCAAUGUAUAUAAGGAAACUUAUGAUUGUAAUUAAAUUCAUACAAAGUCUUGUCAAGUUCUUUCUAGUUCAAGUUGAUGUCAGCGUUAAAUUUCGAUUGAGUAUUCAUGUUUCUACUUCAAACAAUACUACAUAUUGAAGUUGGAGCAGACAAUGAAUUUAGAGGAAUCUUACUUAUAUAGACACUAAAAGUUUCGGAAGCUCCUUCCAAUAUAAAUUAUAGAUUC